AUGGUGAGUCUGUUCCUUCAACCAGCCAUCUACAGUAGAGUGAAUCUAGGAGAAAUUUUGUUUUCAGCAUCUCUUCAUUCUCCAGGAAAUUUGGCACUGAGAAGAAAUGUCACGCAGUCAUCGACAUACGGCCUCUGGUUUGCUGAAAGGGCCGUUGAUGGUAAUCCGGGUCUGGUGAAGUCGUGGUCCGCAUGCUCGUCAACUACUAAUCAGACUAACCCGUGGUGGAGGCUGGAUCUGCGUGAUACUUACCGAGUUACUAGAGUGAUUAUUACUAACAUAAACGAAUGCUGUGCAGAACGAAUAAACGGAGCGGAGAUUCGCAUCGGAAACUCUUUGGAGAACAACGGCAACAACAAUCCCAUAUGUGCUGUGAUUUCUAGUAUUCCAGCUGGUGUUUCGUCCACCUACGUUUGUAACAAUAUGGACGGUCAAUAUGUGAAUCUGAUCAUUCCUGGACAUUUAAGGUUUCUCACUCUGUGUGAGGUGGAGGUCUAUGGAGAAGGUCCUUGUUUAAAGCAAACAUUUGUGAAGAUGAAAUUGAAGUCCAGCUUGAGUCUGUCUGAAGCCACAGCGAGAGCCCGGCUCCUGACGCAGCUGGAAUCUGCUCUGGCGGGAAGAGGGAUAUCUAACGUGACGCUGCGCUGGUCUCAACUGCCCAAACAGGAAGUGAUACGGAAGGAAGCUGCACCCGCUCAAUGUGCUCACAGAAAUGGUGAUGACGUGAAAACCUAAACACUCUACGGAUCAGCUUUGAUGUUCCUCAUUUUUCAUUUUUCACUUUUCCUCAUGAUGAACUAUUUACUGCAAUUUAGAAUUUACUUAAUUUUAUUACAUUUUCUUUUUAUGUAUUGUGCAUUGUCAUCUCUGU